UACACUACAGUAUCUUCUCUGAUCUUUUGUCUGAGUUUCGAUUGAAGUUUGGGCUUUUCGUCGGCACCGGAGAGAGAAACCCUAAUCAUGGAUAUUCUCAAACAGGAGCUGGAAAAGAGGCGGAACAGCCUAAGAGAAGACGUCGGAGGCAAGCGGGUCUUCAAACGCUCCGAGAUCGAGCAGAAACGCCUUCAGCGGCUUCACGAGGAGGAGAAACGCGAAGCCGAAGCCAAAGCGCUCCGUAAGAAGCAAUCGGAACAGAAAAACAACUCCGGCGCCGACUCCUCUUCCAAUCCUAACUCCAACUCCGAUAAUCUCAGCAAAUCCAACGCCGAAUUCAACGCCUCGUCUUCCAAACCCCAAACCCUAACGGACGAACAGAAGAUCGACUCGCUCAAUCUUUCGAGGCAGGAAGUUAUUCGCCGACUCCGCUUCCUUAAACAGCCUGUCACUCUUUUCGGCGAAGACGAUGAGGCGAGGCUUGAUAGAUUGAAGUAUGUGUUGAAAGCGGGGCUUUUUGAAGUCGACGAUAGCGAUAUGACGGAGGGGCAAACGAAUGAUUUCCUGCGUGAUAUUGUGGAGUUGAAGAAACGACAGAAGUCGGGGAUUUUGAGUGAAAGGAAACGGAAGGCCAGGGAGGAUGCUGAGGAUAAAGAGGGAGGAGGCGGUGAUGAUGAUUUGAGUGGAGACGGGGGCUCGUCAGGAGUGGAUUACGAUAAGGAUUUGAAGAGGAUGAAGACGAAUUUUGAGGAGCUUUGUGAUGAGGAUAAGAUUCUGGUAUUCUUUAAGAGGUUACUGAAUGAGUGGAACCAAGAGCUUGAUGAGAUGACCGAGACUGAAAAGAGGACGGCCAAGGGGAAAUCUAUGGUUGCCACAUUCAAGCAGUGUGCAAGGUACUUGAAUCCUCUAUUCAAGUUCUGCAGGAAGAAGGUACUGCCUGAUGAUAUUCGGCAAGCGUUACUUUUGAUGGUUCAGUGCUGCAUAGAGCGAGAUUAUCUAGCCGCCAUGGAUCACUACAUCAAACUCGCCAUUGGUAAUGCCCCUUGGCCUAUUGGUGUUACUAUGGUUGGUAUCCACGAACGUUCAGCCCGUGAGAAGAUCUACACCAACAGCGUUGCACACAUCAUGAAUGACGAGACUACCCGGAAGUAUUUGCAGUCAGUCAAGCGAUUGAUGACAUUCUGUCAACGCCGCUACCCCACUGCCCCAUCGAAGGCCGUGGAGUUCAACAGCCUCGCCAAUGGCAGCGAUUUGCAGUCACUUCUUGCAGAAGAAAAGUCUUCAGGGGGAUCUCAAUCCUCGGAGGAAAAGCUUCGCAUAUUGCCUGCCUAAAGGAUACACAUCAUCUUCUCUACAACGUAGCAGUCAUUUUGUUGUAUACUACUAAACAACUACUGAACAUUCUGCUUUGUCUGUAAUUAACGUUGGUUUAAUCCUGAAUUGUUCUCUCCUUUACUAAAAUUAGAUGACCAGAAGUUAAAUGACCAGAAUCCUUCGUUGUCUUUACA